CGUGCAUCCAACGGCAUGCAAAGCGUGACAAAUCCAACGGCUGGUAGCCGUAAGUCAAGCCAUGGCAGCUGGGGACAAACACAAACCCUUGUUUAUAUAUAUAUACUACUUGUCUCUUUGUUUAUUUCUCCUCCGCUACCUCUACUCUGGUCUGUGGCUUUUGCAUGCCUCAAUUCAUUGCCUUUGGGUUUGCAAAUGAGGAAGCCUUGUUGUGAAAAGAAAGACACAAGCAAAGGAGCUUGGUCUAAAUUAGAAGACCAGAAGCUCACUGAUUACAUUCUAAAACAUGGUGAAGGUUGCUGGCGCUCUCUUCCUCAGGCUGCCGGGCUGCUUCGUUGUGGAAAAAGUUGUCGACUGAGAUGGGUAAACUACCUGCGGCCUGACCUUAAACGAGGCAAUUUUGGUGAAGAUGAAGAGGACCUUAUUAUCAAACUCCAUGCUCUCCUUGGAAAUAGGUGGUCACUAAUAGCAGGAAGAUUGCCAGGUAGGACCGAGAACGAAGUGAAGAAUCACUGGAAUAUUCACUUAAGAAAGAAACUUUUGAUGAUGGGAAUUGACCCAAACAAUCGUCGUUCGCUUCUAUCUCCUACAUUAACCAAAUCCAAUGCAUCCAACGACUCCAGUUCUGCAUGCCAACCCUUUAAUCCUGCAACUGCUUCGGAGACCAUCAGCAGUACUUGUUUACCCGACCUCAAUCUGGAUCUUACCAUCGCCCCUCCCCUUUCCCAUCAAAACUUGGCACUUAAUUAAUUUUAAGUCUAUAAUGUGAUAUUUCCAUCACUAUUUUACUGUUUAAUUAAUUUCAUUUUUUUUAUCACAAUAACACCUACUAUGCUUAUAAGCCGUUUAGAAUAUGUUUGUGAGUUAGGGUUCAAAAAUCCUUGCUGGAGUCUACUUAAGUGGGAUACACUGCAAGUCUAGCCACGAAUUUAGACUAUAUCUCUAAAAUUUUGUCCUAUAAAUAAUAUACUUUUCAUUUCUUUCCCUGAUA